GCGAACGGGCCGGUCAUAUUCAGUGAUCACUAUUUCCAUCUUCGCAAUCAUUAUUACUGUUUUAAAAGUGAAGUGUUUGUGUGUGAUUAAAAAUGAAGUUAAAUCCUGUAUCACUUUCCUUCGAAAACAUGCCGAGGCAGAAGGAUUUCGGAUGCUUAUCACUUAGAUUUGGGUGCAUAUUCUCAGCUCUAGUCACUAUUCUAUACACAAUUCUAGCACUAGCACAAUGUCUGGCGUCCCUCGACAAAGAGAUCCCGACGUCAAUAGAUACCAAUAAUCUAGACAAUAUCCUCCUCCACUGCUUCGAAGUAGCAGUCAUCGUCUGCCAUAUUGUGACUCUCAUACUAACCACCAUCAUGCUGGUUGGAGUCUUGAAGGAAAAGUCUUACCUCAUGAAGCCCUGGUUGGUGUGGACGUCUUGCCUGGUGUUAGGCAACCUGUUCCUGAUCGUCUUCUGCACAGUCCUCAUGAUGGUCUUCAACAGACUGGACGUGGAACCUGGACUAUUGGUGUCGUACUUGGUGGCUUUCCUUGCACUCCUUUUCCGAAUCUACAUGUUGACUUUGGUUGGAAGUUUCUACUUGCAAUUAGAAGAGGAGAAAAUUGAGCGCCUGCGGACAUUACUCAACACGGAUACUUGGCACAGCGCUGCGUAACGUUGCUAUUUAAAAUGUUCAGGCGCUUCGAGGAAUAGUCGAAUUUUUAAAGAAAUUAUUAAAGCAAACAUUGCGUGAAAAAAUGUAGUCACAGGGUAAUAAUAGAGUGAAAUAAAUUCAAUCAUGUACCCUGACAUGUUGUGAUCAGUUAAGUAGUAAUUAUGACUAAUUAAUUAAGAUUUAUUGACAGUAUUUUUAAGAAUGAUAUAUAUAUGUAGGCACCUAAAUGUGAUUUUAAUGUUUAUUCUGUUGCAGUAAUUGCAACGAAUAAUUCUUCAAUGUUUGUGGUCCUUGUAAAUAUAUUUAACGCCAAAAGGUAAAUACAUGUAAUCUUAAGUAAUUUAGAAAUAAAAGAUUUAUUAAUUUUA